ACUCCCUUUGCUUCACGCAAACCCACUACUGCUUCUCUCUUCCCCUAUCAAACGACGCCGUUUCUACUUUCUACCCUCCCUCUCGCUGCAGAGGGAGAUGACUGGAAGCAAGGGAGAUGGUGGUGGGCCAUGCGGUGCCUGCAAGUUUCUUCGGAGAAAGUGCGUGAAAGGCUGUGUUUUUGCUCCUUACUUUGACUCCGACCAGGGCACCGCCCACUUCGCGGCCGUGCACAAGGUGUUUGGUGCCAGCAACGCUUCCAAGCUUCUUACCGGGAUUCCCGCUCACAAGCGGCUCGACGCGGUGGUUACUCUCUGCUACGAGGCUCUGGCUAGGCUUAGAGACCCUGUCUAUGGCUGUGUUGCUCAUGUUUUCACUCUCCAACAACAGGUUAUGAAUUUGCAGGCGGAGUUGGCCUUCAUUCAGGCCCGUCUUUCGACCUUGCAGCGCAUUCCUUCUCUGGCACCGCCACCCCUACUGCCUGAAAGUGCACCGCAGCCCAAUCUUCAGUCUGACUUUUUUAAUGUUCCUCUACAAUCACACGAGGCGUCGAUGGAAGCUGCGGACUUCUGUAAUAAUUCAAUGGACAGAGAGCUCGAGGAUGGUGAUCUCCAAACCCUAGCUCAAGAAUUUGUCUCUAGAUUCUUGCCCGGAGUAAAAGUCCGGGAUUCGAGUUCUAACUAAAAGUUUCUGUUGCUCACUUGCAUUAAGUUUCUUCUAACUUUUUCUGGCAAAUCUCAGUUCAUCAUGUAUGGAUUCAAUAGUCUAAUUCAAUAGCCAUGCCUUCCUUU